AUGCAAAUGGAAAAUUAAAAAAAUGAAAAGAAAAUGUGCGUGUGCAGUCAACUAUUAUAAAAUCAUAUUAUAAAUCAUAUUUGCAUAGAAAGUGUGUGUGGCAUAAUUUACACGUAUUUGCAUAUACAAUUGAGAAAGAAUACAUUUUUUUUUUAGAAAUUGAAAGAAUUUGAGGAAAGAAAAAAGCACAACGUGCCAAGUGAAAACAAAAAACAGCUCUGUGAAAAAUUGAAAUUAAUAAUUGCUCUUCAAUUUUUUAAUGUAAAAAGCGUCAAGCGGCAAAAAGCGUCAAAUCACAAUUACCCAAAACAAAGUGUUUCGUAUUUGUAUUGGCCACAAUAGUUAAAUGGACAAGUGUUGUGAAACGACAACAAAUACAAAUACGUCAAGUGGUUACUCAGUGUCAAUAAAAUCUAAUGCCCAAUUCUGGUAACUCUUUAGAGUGAAAAAGCAACCUUAUUUAAAAGUAAAUUGACACAACUCUGAAGUGGACUAUUCUGUUAAAACUGAUGUGCAAGCGUCGUUUUCCCAAUUUUAACUAUGAGCAGAGCAAAUUUCAAGGAUGCUGCGGCUAAAAUUCUUUAAUUUUCUCAUAUCAUACGCCGCGCUUCUAUUGCUGCCCAGCCAUGUGGCUCAAAUGGUGGCGAGCAGAAAUGAAAGCGCCGCCUUAUUAAUGCCUGCGAUGCCAACCCUAUUGACUACCAUCGCAGACCAGGUAAUACCUGGCGUUCAACUCAAAGGCACCACUAUGCAAACUAUUUUACUCAAUGCUGUGCACAGUAGCAACAACAACACCAUCAACAACGACAACAACAACUACAGCAACAGCUUUGACAACAACAGUAAAACAAGUAACAAUAAAACAGAGCUAGGUUCCGCAGAGGAAGUGAACAGGAACAAAUUAAAUCUAAGUCCAUCUAAAGGCGAGAUCACGGAGCUGACCGCAAAUGUUACGUUGUUCAUGCAGAAAAUACCUCGCCUGCAGGUGCACUGGAAGGACAACCUGCCGAACGGCACCACAUACAAUGUGCUGGUGAGCGCUGUGAAUAGCACUCGCUGCCCGGAUGCGCCCUGCAGCGAGUACACCAUCAAACAGAAGCCCAGCAAGUACAUCUAUUUGCCGCAGAGUCCCAAUCCGAAUGUCGAGUCUGUCGACUGCAACUACAUGUUUGGCUGUCAAUACAAUGUUACCGUGGAAACGUCAAAUCUUCUCGUGCGUCGCUCUAUGCGCGUUUUCAUUCCACAUUGCGUGGCCGGCAAGUGCUCCUGUCAGCUAUCGCCGGCGCCACCCAAAGUGCUGGCCGUGGCCAAGAUGCAGGCUAACGAUACCAUUGGCAUCAGCUUCACCAUACUGGCCAGUGAACAGCUGCGCAAGGAGCAGGAGCAUCAUCUGCAUGAGGCCCUCCAGUCAUACAGAAUGCAAUUAAAAAUCAACGAGGAGAGCAAUCCCUCGCUGCCUUGGGGCGGUGUUCUGAAGAAUCUAUUCAAUCGGAUUUAUAAUCUCAGCGAAUUGCACUUUCGGCCCACAGCCAAGGGGUUUGAUGGCAACAUGAAGAUCAACUUGGGCACACAACUGAAGGAGAAGUCCUCCCUCAAUCUGCAGGCGAUGAUAAUAGACACCGCCGGCUGUGAGGGGCCGCGCAGCGUUACCAAAGUGCCAGUUCCCGCCAGUCCCCUGUUGCUGAACAACAAUGUCAAUUUGAAUAAUUCGCUCAUUGUCAUGACCACAUUACUCAUUGCCGUCAUAUUAGCGGGCUUAUUUACAUUGCUGUUGCGUCGUCGUCGCCGGGCCCGGGCUAAGGAACAACAGCAGAAGAAUCAAAUUUACAUGCAAUCCUUUGCGGCAGCGCCCGUCGCAAUGGAGGACAACAUCAACUACGUGGACAAAUAUGUCGAGCAGUCACAAGCUCUGGGUCUGGCGGACAUAUUUGAGGUGCCGCAUUCGGCGAUUCACAUUGGACGAAUGCUGGGCGAAGGCGCCUUUGGCCGUGUGCACGAGGCAACUGCCAUCAAUAUGCGGCGCAUGCGGGGCACAACGAUUGUCGCGGUGAAGCAGCUGAAGGCCAAUCCGUCGGCGGAUGAAGUAGCCGAGUUUCUCUCGGAAAUUGAAAUGCUGAAGGGCGUCGGCACACAUCACAAUGUGGUCUGCUUUCUAGGUUGUUGCACCAUUCGAGCACCCUAUCUGAUGAUCAUGGAAUAUGUGGGACGCGGCAAUCUGUUGAGUUACUUGCGUAUGGUGCGUCAGGAACUGGGGCAGCCAAAAGCACGGAAUGCCAACCAUCCGACUGGCAGACUGCUGACGGCCAACUCGAGAACUGCAUCUUUACCACGACCGCAAAGUGUUAAUUACAUUGAAUUGAAGGCCUCCAAUCACAGCAAUGAAUUGGAGUCGUCCGCCUCCACGAACAACUCAAGCUCGCAGCAUGCCACAUCGAAUGGUGUCGGCGCCAGAUUGCAAAAGCCCUCGUUUGCAGAAACUACUUAUACCAUUGUGGAUGAUGAGGAAUCAUUUGAGUAUAUACUCGACAACAAGGAGCUGCACAAUUUUGCGCUGCAGAUUGCAAAUGGCAUGCGCUUUCUAGAGGAGCAAGAGAUUACACAUCGCGACCUGGCAGCGCGCAAUGUACUAAUCGACAACAAUAAGACAUUGAAAAUAUCAGAUUUCGGUCUGUCUAGACAUGGCAUCUACACAAAUACCAAAACACGCAAGUUACCUUUGCGAUGGCUUUCCAUUGAAGCCAUACGGGAUAAUGUCUACUCGAGUAAGAGCGACAUUUGGGCAUACGGUGUGGUGCUCUGGGAGAUUGGCACACUGGGCGCAUCGCCAUAUCCCACAAUAAGCAACAGCGAGCUGAUACCGUUUCUAUUAGCGGGCAAUCGCCUGGAGCGACCCGAGAUUUGUACACCACAAGUGUACACAAUAAUGCUGCAGUGUUGGCUGGAGGAGCCCGAAGAGCGGCCCACAUUUGAUGCACUUUACAAGGUAUUAAGCCCUAAGACCACCUAUGUGGACAUUAACAGUCUGAGUGAUGAUUACGUGUUUCCACCGAUUAAAGAGUAAAUGUUUAAAUGC